AUGUAUAAAUCCAUAAUUCUUAAUAAGAUUGAAGCAGUAAAAGAAAGCAGAGCGUUAGACUUUAUAAAGAAGACAAAGCAGAUGACGGUGAGCAAAGACAAACUGAUAAGUUUUAUGCAUUCUAACUCUUUUUUGAUAGUCGGUACAAGCCGGAAACGACAAAGCUCAGAGACCAAGAAUAUCAAGAGACAAGCAAAACGGCAGCGGGUAGAUGUGGCUAAAGUAAAACGGAGGCCCGCAAAGUUUAGUCAAGAUGCCGCCAAGGUUCUGCUAAUAGUUUUUGGAGUAGGAAUGUUUGGAAAAGAUGGCGUAAAUCUUAAAGGAAACAAAUGCAGAGCUACUGGUGUUCUUUGGAGGGCAAUUAAGAGGAGGGAGAAAGAAGGUGGUCUUUUGGCGAUAACUAUUGAUGAGUUUAAGACAUCAAAAAUAUGCUACAAAUGCUACAAUGAUUCGUUCAAAAAAAGUAAAAAAUAUGAAAGGUUCCAGUGUUCUUGCUUGCAAAAACUGUCGAACACUGUGGCAAAGGGAUCAUAA